UGCUCCUACUUUUCCCUCUCUACAUAUUCACGAGGAAGAGCGAAAUUCAACGGCCAAAGUUCUUCUUAAUGGCAUCCCAUCGACGGCGGAGAUACGAUCCGGCAAAGCUCCGACCUUCAUUCUCCAUCCCCUUCCUAUUGUUUCAUCUCCUUGCGCAUCUCCACUUCUGUCUCUGUUCGAACACCGAAGCUUUGGCUCUUAUGAAAUUCAAAGAGAGAAUCGAGAGAGACCCAUUUGGAGCUCUGAUGAACUGGAAUCCCGAAGGAGAAGGACAAGAAUAUCUUCAUUGUUCUUGGUCUGGCAUCGAGUGUUCAGAUGGUAAAGUCGUGAUCUUAAACCUGAAAGAUCUUUAUCUCAAAGGGACACUGGCUCCCGAACUUGGGAAGCUGCUACACUUGAAAUCUCUAAUGCUGAGAAACAAUUCAUUCUCCGGAGAUGUGCCUAAAGAGAUUACGGAAUUGCCGGAGCUGGAGCUCUUGGAUUUGGGUCACAAUAACUUGAGUGAACCAUUGCCCUUCAUGUUCCACAACCCUCCAGAGCUUAUUAUUACUCUGAAAGGGAAAGAUUCAGCCAGGCCGCGCAGGCUGCUUCAGUUCACUCCACCAAACCUUGACCCCUUCUUCCAGGCGGCACCACCCUCACCUCAGGCAUCUUCCCAGAGAAUUUCUCCACCGCCACCGCCUGGACAGACUCCUCCUCCACCUUCCUCACCUGCUAAAGAUGUCCCUGCACAAACUCCCCUUCCACCUCCACCUCCACCUCCAUUUCCCAGUGUUCUCAAAGACAAGAGUAAGCCAGCUAACAAGCUUUAUAUCACAGUGGGCGUUCUCGUGGGACUAUUCUCAAUCUCUGUAGCCGUCAUCGUCCUUCUCCUUUUCCGGAACCACAAGGUUUCAAUCAAGCCAUGGGCCACCGGAAUAAGUGGGCAGCUUCAAGCAUCACUUAUAACUGCUGUCCCCAAACUGAAGCUAUCAGAACUACAAGCAGCCUGCGAAGAUUUCAGCAACAUCAUCGGCUCCUUCUCUGACGGCACUAUUUAUAAAGGAACUUUGUCCAGUGGGGCUGAAAUUUCUGUUGUAUCUCUGGCUGUAGGAUCUCGUGAAGAUUGGUCCUCGAAUCUGGAGACACAGUUCAAAGAAAAGAUAGAUACGCUGUCUAAAGUGAAUCACAAGAACUUUCUGAAUUUGGUCGGAUAUUGCCAAGAAGACGAGCCAUUCUCCAGAAUGAUGGUUUUCGAGUAUGCUCCUAACGGUUCCCUCUUUGAGCAUUUGCACGCACAACACAUGGACCACUUGGACUGGUCGACAAGACUCAGAAUAGCAAUGGGCAUCGCCUGUUGUCUCGAACACAUGCACAGCCUAAAUCCCGAUCCCAUCUUGCACACCAACUUAGACUCCUCUUCUGUCUACUUGUCCGAAGACAACGCCGCCAAAGUCUCUGACUUCACUUUCCUCAACUCCAUUUCUCCAUCCAAAGAAGGUUCUUCAAGCCGGAAUCUUCUGGAACUCCCACUCCUCGAUCCCCCGGGCAACGUCUACUGCUUUGCUUCCAUUCUAUUCGAGAUCUUGACUGGGAAGAUCCCGGACUCUGAUUCUCUCUCUCUUGGAAGCAUGCCCGCGAGAGAACUCCUCAAUUUUGUUGCAAUAUUUCCGACAAAUCUCGCAUUUGAAUUCGUGUCAACAACAUCAUCAUGUUUGAAUCCAUACCCGAGCCAGCGGCCAACAUUGAGGGAGGUUGCCGCUAAGUUGAAAGAGAUCACCGGCAUAUUUCCCGACAGAGCGAUGCCAAGGCUGUCACCAUCAUGGUGGGCGGAGCUGGAGAUUACAUCCACUGAAGGAAGCUAAAGCGGAGGAAGAGGAGAAAAGGGGCCGUCUUCCUGGUGUUUCUGCUUAGAAAUUCUCUGUAGAUACACAAAAUACGAUGUAAAGCUAUGAUAUCAUCUUCUGCACCAUAUAUCAGAUUGUGUAUAA